UCCGCUUCUGGACAGACUUCACGGACAUCAUGGCUUCUUUAGGAAGGCUCUCCGGAAUUCUUCGCCGUUCAUUGCCCAUUCGCGGGAGACUUUUUUCCGCAGCUGCAGAGCAAGAGCAUGCCGGGGCAGUUCGUACCUGGAAGAUCCUGAGCUACGUUGUUGCUUUGCCCGGGGUGGCAGUUUGUAUGUUGAAUGUCUACUUGAAGAUGCAACAUCACUCCCAUGAGAAUCCCGAGUUUAUUCCAUACGAGCAUUUAAGAAUCCGCACAAAGAGAUUUCCAUGGGGUGAUGGAGACAAGAGUCUGUUCCACAAUGCUCAUGUAAAUGCUCUUCCCAAUGGCUAUGAAGAAUCAGAACAUUGAAGUUGGUGACCGUUUAUCUGUCAGACCAGUGUUUUGUGGACCCAAAUGGAAUUUAGGGAUCAAGCUUCUGUAGUUACGGCUGUAAAUUCCCUUCUGAGCUCCUGCCACAAUUGUGGUUGUUUUAAAUAAAAUAUGUUCUGUCGACAAGA